AAUCGAUCAGAUAGGCCGCCCUCUUGAUUUUUCUCAAAGUCAGUGCUAAGUACUGCAGCGUAGGUUUCCCCCCCUCAGAUAUGUUAUACUAUGUACGUUACUAACAAGUGUAGGAACAGGUGUUACUCAGGUGCCUGCGGGCCAAUUGAGUCAAACUUCUAUCGAUGAGAGGCAAGCGCUUACGAUCAGUGGUAAGAAUGGCGUCUAUGGAAGAGCAGGUGACACAUUUCGAGAUAAAGCUAGGACCACCUCCUUGGUAAGUUCGUGCCCCGAAUCUUCAGAAUUCUAUGUGGAAGUUGGCGCUUGUCACUAUGAACUUCUUCAGCGUUCGGUUUCUCAGUUGGAUCCUUUUCCCUUCUCGAACGAUUUCAUCCUUAGGCUUUGUCUGCAAUGUCCUAUUACUUCUCCAACCAGCCGCCCAAUGCACAACCGUAUUACGAGCCAGUCCCAUACCAACAAACCGCCAGUCCCAGGACAGAUACUCAAUCUGAUACCAGCCUUCUCGAGCAGAUUCUCGACGUCCUCCAGAACCCCACAAUUGCCAAGGAAAGAGCACAGAAUGCGCUUUCUAAAUUUUGGGCAACAUACAAAACUGUGUCUGACGAGUAUGAUGACGACAUGUUAGAGAGGUGUAAUGGGAAUAUGGAUAUAGUCCUGAUCUUCGCUGGUCUAUUUGCCACUGUCAAUACUGCAUUUAUCAUUGCAAUGCAGCCAAAUCCUGUUGACACCACCAACGCUCUGUUGGUACAGCUUAUGAAGAACAUAUCGGAUGGUCGUUCUGCUACCCAGCCCAUGAUCCUUCCGUCACCUACAGGUCUCUCUUCUUCCAAAUUAUGGAUGCAGGCGCUUGCGUAUGCGAGUCUUGCAUUUAGUCUUCUCGCUGCCUAUGGCGCUGUCAUGGGCAAGCAAUGGCUGGGUCACUAUAAAGCAACCCGUUUUGGUCAUGGAUCUCUCGAAGAGCGAUGUCAGAAGAGGCACCGCAAGUUUCAGGAGCUGAAGGCAUGGCGGUUUGAAACGUGUUGCGAUCAUUCCCAGUUCUUCUCCAGAUCUCCCUGCUUCUAUUCAGUCUGUCACUGGGAGCCACGUUGUGGGGGCAACAACCGCCUAUCUCCAUCCUUGUUAUUACAAUGA